AUGGUCAGAUUGAGACAGUUUGUGGUUGCCGCCAGCGAGGAAAGGCUGCUCGUAGCUGCCACCAGCCGGCGGUUUCAUGGUGGAGAGAGAAGCGAGAAAGAAAGAAAGAGGGCAUUAUGUGAAGUGGAAGCAAAAUUGUUUGUCUCGUACACACAUGAUGAUUACCUUGUGAGUGAAGAAAAAUGCAUCGAAAAAGACAAGAUAGAGUCAAAGACAAGAAGACCAACCAUUCGUCCCUCUCUACGAGGGAGGUCCCCCUCCAAUCCGUUUUCCACUCUACCCAUCAACCAACAACAGACAUAA